ACAGGCUUGAACCCCCCACCUUCAGGGUAGCUCUUUGAUGACACGUUCAACGACUUCCAGAUACGUCAGCUCACCCAGCAUCUGACAGGGGACAAUCCUGGAGACAACGGUCUGUUCACCCACCACCAUAAAGAGAGCUUUCUUUGCGACGCGAUGACAAUCUUGUAACUACUCCAGCCGGACUCAAACCCGUUACAAAUAUGUUUAAAAUUGCGAGGGAAUCCCGUUGAAGAAAAAUCUUAGUCGAUCAUUAAGUUAUCAGGAAGAGGAGACACCGUGUAUAAGAUUUUCACAUUGGUGUGAUCGUUUCGACUAGGUCGUACUGUUGAUCUCCAGACUGAGGGGUAUGUGGAUCUCCUGUUGAUCUCGAGACUGGGGCGUACUGUUGAUCUCGAGGCGGGCUGCUCCGCUCUGUAUCAGGACACAGCGGCGCGCAUCUCCACUCCCAAGACAAUCGUAAACAACCGACGGUGUGGUUGCAACUAUCGGGUGAAAUCUACUCCACCAAAGCUCAUUGCCGGCGGCUGGAUGCACAGGCCCGCGUCGGCUGACGAUGUAUUUUUGUCCGUGCGCGUGCAAUGACCCGAUUGACCCAGAGACGGAAGAGAACACGUUCGUGACCUUGCCAAGGAAUCUGUCUUACGUGCAGGAAAGUUACCUUGACCGCUACAGCGUGAGUGCCCGCUACGUCUACAACCCAAAGAUAGACCGGCUCAAUCAGCACGAACAGAGCCAGGAGAGCAGGUUUGACGUGGAGGAGGAGACCAUCGGCCUGCUGUCUGUCAUCAGGGCCCAGGACUUUUCCGCCAACUGCAGUGGCAGUAACUGCAUCGACGUCUUCAACCCCAGCCACUCGCCCGACGGUACACCCGAUCGCACGCGGCCAGAGUCGCCCACCUUUCACGGUGCGUUUUCUAUUUACGCCUCCGGAUUAACUAAAGCGACGGGUGCAAGCCCGUCAGUGUGCGCCGCAUCUUCGCCUUUGUUGUCACCUUCCUCAUUGCUUGCCCCUGCGUCCAGGGUCGCGUCCAAAUUGACCACCUUGCUUCGGUCUCCGCCCAAUGAAUCUAUGAGCGCCGUCAGGGAGUCGGGAAGCAGUGUGGAUGGUGACGGGGUCUCCCAGCUGAGCGAGGCUCUCUCUCGUGUCGAGCUGCAGUGUCCGGACAGUCUCGGCCAAGACAUGGACCGAGGAUUUGCGGUCAACGAGAAGCACAAGAAGGAAGAGUACAGCAGUUUCUGUGAUAGCCCUGACCUUGACAACAUGGGGCCGCCGGACAGUGACGCCAACGACCAGGACAGUAGCCACCGUGACCAGCAUCACGUGGGCCCGGCAGGUAUGACCACCGCGCCGGAUGCCCAGAGGCCCUACGGGUAUGGCACCAAAACAGUUUUCCCCAAACGCCAUUCCGACGAUGACGUCACCAUCGGUUCACCGCAGCCGGGGACCUCGACCAGGGAUGACGUCAUCGACGCAUCUGUCCCCUACGGCUCCCCCGACUCAGACGGCUUCAGUGAGGAGGGCGUGUUCGUCAACAUGGACGACCUGGACACCGCCGACAAAUCCACAACGCUCAGUGAGGUCAGCGACGACACGUGCGUGUCGGUCGAUUCCAUGUUCUUGAGCCCGGAGGAGGGGGACCUAGAAGAGGAGACUAAGCAGGAGCCAGCGCGCAAAAUGACGCUGCAGGAAGCCAUCAACCGAGCGGCCUCUGACCUCCACAAGAUCGCCCAGGACCUGUACGGCGAGGACAAUGCCGCCAGCAGUGCGUCCUCCAGGAGUCUGGACAGCAAGGACUCGGAUGACGAGGACCUGGUCAAGUUCUCCAAGCUCAGUCGAGCGGGGCGGGCGUCUCCUAUCAGGAUAGGAUGCAGUUUAAAACUGCAGAUAACCGACUCACAGGGAGAAGACGUACCGCAAGUGACGUCAGCGACGGAUCUUAGCGAGAGUCCGCUGUAUUCAGAGAGUGAGUUCAACUUCAACAGGAUCAACUUACGGAAAUCUUCAUCGCUUAAAACCAACAAAACUCCUCCGGGGACGCCUCACAGAAAAAAGGUGGUGCGCUUUGCAGACGCCAUGGGUCUCGAUCUCGAGUCCGUGCGUCAUGUUCUUAACAUGGAGUCGCCUCCCAAAAUUCCCGCUUCCGCCAUGGCCGAUUUAAAAGACGGCCUCGGGGAGGAGCGGAAGGAGAUCGGCUCCAAGUACCUGUGUGCGUGUUUCAACCAGCCAGGGGCCGCGGACAAUUUCUUCCAAAAGGUUAUCUCGCAGAAGGUUUGCCUGGAGAAUGCCAUCAUCACGGAUCUGACCAUCACCGGCUUCGUCCGGGUCUCCAACAUCUCGUUCCAGAAGAGCGUCCGCGUGCGGUACACGCACAACGCGUGGGCGACCUUCCACGACAUAGCGGCCAGUUAUGUACAAAACUCUUGUGACGGGCCCACCGACAGGUUUUCGUUCAGCAUAGUGGCGCCGCCUUUCUUUGGCCUGGGCUCGCGUUUGGAGUUUGCAGUGUCGUACAACGCCGGCGGCACCGAGUACUGGGACAGCAACGAUGGCAACAACUACGUUUUUGAAUGUUUUGCCAAGACGUUCCCGACAGAUAACGAGACCGCAUGGCUGCACUUCCUGUAGAGCUUCUGAUUACAAGGACGGCGACCACAGCAACUACCAAGCACAGUAACAAGUCACAAUAGAAUCAUAUCUAGUCUCAGUAUUUCAACUUGCUUGAGAUUAUUUGCGGAGGAAAUACAUUUCAAAUAAGGGUGAGAGCCGUCAUUGCAGUGCAUCUCUGUUUUGAUACGUGCAACAGUGAUGUGUUGAACAGUGAUGGUGUGAUGGACUGCAGUGUUGUGUUGAACUCCAGUGGCCUGUUGCACUUCAGUGGUGUUGAAUUGCAGUGGUGUGUUGGACAGAACUGUUGUGUUAGGCAACAAUGGUGUGUUGAACUGCAAUGGUUUGGUAGGCAGAGCACUCAAAAGCUAGAUGUGCAGAUUUCAAGAAGGAACUGUUACUGGAGCCCUGCCGCUCACACAAGGAGAAUUUGUGUAGUUUAUUAGAGAUUGGUGUGUUUAUUUUGCAUGUGAAUGUUCUGGUAGCAGCUGCAUUAGGGACUCUGUGUGUACACCUAAAGUCUUAGAAGGAAUUAUCAUUUGUUUGCAAAGUAGCUCAUCUUCAUAUAUAUUAAAAAUUGUGUAGGCAUAUCUCCUGGAGCAACAUUUAGAAUACCUAGACCACUUCCAUCAACAAACCUAUUUGUUCAUUAUACUCAUAGUUUGGAGUCUUCUGUUAACCCAGGUUCUAUAUCCACCGAGACAUGUUCUAUGUCAAACUCGGCGUGGCAGUGUGGACCUCUUGACUUUCUGCAGGUCAGGAAAUGGUAGGUCUCAUGAGGUAUGGCACCUGAGGAAAUCACUAGAAUAAGGGGAUGUCACUAAGAGUUAAUCAUUAAAGGGAUGUCACUCCAGUAAAUGAUCAAAGGGACGUAACUAGAGUUAAGCAUCAAGGGGUCGUCACUGCAGUUAAGCAUUGAGGAGAUGUCACUCGAGAUAAACAUCAAUCUGACAUCACUAGGGUUAAACAAUAAACUGACGUAAUCAGAGUUAAGCAUCAAGGGGAGGCCACUAGAGUUAAGAAUUAGUGAUAUUUCACAGAUGAAGAAACACAAUUGACCUUGACAUCUCAUUUUUGUUGGGAUGCUUGCACUUUGUAUGGAUUUUAGAAAUAACCAUCAUUAUGUGUAUUACUCUCAGUGAGACUGUACUGCUCUUAUUAUUGAGGCUAUAUUACUCUUAUUAGUGAGACUGUUAUUACUCUCACUAGAAAUACUUGUAUUAGUAUCUUUUGGGCUAUUUCUAUUGCUCUGAAUAGUUACUAUGAUGUUACUUCUAUUAAACUCACUAGUGAUAACGUAUAUCUCUCACUACUGGUAAUGUAUUACUAUCAUUUGUUUCAUCUGGCCAACAUUCUGUGAUUUCUCUACCAGACCUCUUGUGUACAGCCAUUUAAAUGGUAGUACAUUGUGUACCAGACUUCUCAUGUACAGCCAUUUAAAUGGCAGUACAUUGUGUACCAGACUUUCUGUGUACAUGCAACCAUUAGAUUUAAGUAGUAGUACAUUGUCAACCAAAACUCCUGUGUACAUGCUACCAAUAGAUUUAAGUAGUAGUUAGUACAUUGUCAACCAAAACUCCUGUGUACAUGCUACCAAUAGAUUUAAGUAGUAGUUAGUACAUUGUCAACCAAAACUCCUGUGUACAUGCAACCAAUAGAUUAGUAGUACUACAUCGUCUACUAAAUAUUUUAUGCAUGGAUAAAAUCUUCCAAGCAAUGAGUUUGAGGUCGCAGACUCUACUCUGUUGCAAUACAUUUAUGUUUGAAUUUAGGCCAAGAGAUGUGUGGUUUUGUUGGUAUAACAAUGUGAAUGUUACCUUGUAUUAGAACACCAGGUAUACUGUUUGUCUGUGCAGGUGUACAUAUUAAAUCCAGGUGGUGCAUGAACAAAAGUGUGUGUAGGUUAUGGAAGAAAGUGUGGGGGGGGGGAGAAGGACCAGUUUUACUUAUUGGGUUAGAUAAAAGACACCUGGAUGAAUUCCUGCUGACGUUUCUCAUAUGUUUUGGUUGUCUUAAGGAAAGGAAGUGAGGGUCCAGGGAGGGUCCGCCACUUAGCACAGUAUUGAUUUGGUUAUUGUUUAUCUAUUGUUUGUUUUAUAUUAAAAAUGACUGGCACUAAGGAACACCAGACCUAGGGCGCCACCUAAGGAACACCAGACCUAGGGCUCCACGUAAGGAACACCAGACCUAGGGCGCCACCUAAGGAACACCAGACCUAGGGCGCCACCUAAGGAACACCAGACCUAGGGCUCCACCUAAGGAACACCAGACCUAGGGCGCCACCUAAGGAACAUCAGACCUAGGGCGCCACCUAAGGAACACCAGACCUAGGGCGCCACCUAAAUGUCGCCUCUGCAUAGCAAUAUUUAUUUUGUGUUAGUUUCUUAGUAGUUUAUCCAACCUUUGAAGUCGUCUCAUGUCUUCAUCUACAAUGUCUUCACUUUUGUCUUACAAAAUAAUCUCUUCACUUUUGUCUUACAAAACAAUUUCAUAAUUUUUGUCUCACAAAACAAUGUCAUCAUUUUUGUCUUUCAAAACAAUGCCAUUACAGCCAUCCACCAACAGAUGCUUCCAAACAGAUCUAGAUAGACACCACACAAACCUAAUUCCACAGACCCUAUAAAAUGUCAACUCAAUGACCCACACACUACAGACUUACCAAACAUUGACACACACCCCGUUGAUCCACACAACACUGACUUAACACACGCACCCCACUGCGCCACACCCCACUGACCCACACCUUCUGUCUCAAUUACUUACAGCCCACUUACCAACUCUCCGCAAACCACCUUGUUGUAUAGGUGGAUGACCUAGAGCUCUCGAGAAUACAACUACAUAUCACU